UUCACGGAUUGGGCGGGGUUGGUGUAUGUCACGACGAAACGGGCUGUUUGAUUGGCCACCGCUGCUCUAAGGGAUUUUGGCGCCAGUUUCGAGGGCAGCCGUCAACUUGUCGAGAUGUUUGUGAGUGAUCUCCGUAAAGAGUUUUACGACGUGAUCGUUACCGAGCGCGUUCUUCUCCUUGUUGCACCUGAUGUUGAUGCUCUCUGCGCCUGUAAGGUACUUCAGGCAUUAUUUCAGUGUGAUCAUGUACAGUAUACCUUGGUCCCAGUCUCUGGCUGGCAGGAACUUGAAACAUUGUUUCUUGAACAUAAAGAACAGUUCCGUUACUUUGUUCUCAUAAACUGUGGUGCAAACAUAGACCUUCUAGAGACUCUACAGCCCCAAGAAGAGGCUAUCUUUUACAUAUGUGACACUCACAGACCAAUAGAUGUGGUUAAUAUAUACAAUGAUAGUCAGAUCAAGUUGCUGAUCCGGCAGGAUGAUGACUUGGAAAUACCUGCUUAUGAUGACAUUUUCAAUGAUGAUGAAGAUGAGGAGGAUGGGGAUGAUUCUGGAAAUGAAAGUGAUGGAGCAGAACCUUCUGGAAAGAGGAGGCGAUUUGAUGAGGCAGCAGUGGAACGAAGGAUAGAGAGGAGACGCCAGAGGAGGGAGUGGGAGGCUCGAAGGAGAGAGAUUCUUUUUGACUAUGAGCAGUAUGAAUAUCAUGGAACAUCAUCUGCAAUGAUGAUGUUUGAGUUGGCUUGGAUUAUGUCUAAGGAUUCAAAUGAUAUGUUAUGGUGGGCAAUUGUUGGGCUGACAGACCAGUGGGUUCAGGACCGAAUAACUCAAAUGAAAUAUGUGACCGAUGUUGGAACCCUCCAGCGCCAUGUUUCCCGACACAACCACCGCAAUGAGGAUGAAGAAAAUUCACUCUCAAUUGACUGCAUGAGGAUAGCAUUUGAAUAUGAUCUGCGUCUUUCGCUGUAUCAGCAUUGGUCUCUGUAUGAAAGCAUCUGUAACUCCUGUUACACAUCUGCUAGUCUCAAGCUAUGGUCUGUGCAAGGGCAGAAAAAACUUCAAGAAUUUCUUGCAGACAUGGGGAUGCCUCUUAAGCAAGUAAAACAGAAGUUUAAUUCUAUGGACAUAUCUUUAAAGGAAAAUCUACGGGAAAUGCUUGAGGAGUCGGCAAAUAAAUUUGGAAUGAAGGAUGUGAGGGUGCAGACGUUCAGUGUGCAGUUUGGAUUUAAGAACAAGUUUCUGGCCAGUGACAUUGUAUUUGCUGUGCUUUCUCUCCUGGAAAACAUUGAACGAGAUGAGAAGGGAACCGAUAACUUUAUCAAGGCCUUAGAUAGCCUCUCCAGGAGUAAUCUGGACAAACUGCACACUGGCCUGGAAAUGGCCAAAAAACUUUUACGUGCUAUUCAACAGACAGUGGCCAGCUGCAUCUGCACAAACCUUAUAUUGUCCCAGGGCCCCUUCCUCUACUGUUACCUGAUGGAGGGGACACCAGAUGUUAAGAUGUUUGCCAAUCCUAUAUCUCUCUGCCUGCUUUGUAAAUACUUGCUGAAGUCCUUUGUGUGUUCUACCAAAAACAAACGCUGUAAGUUGCUUCCACUGGUGUUGGCAGCUCCUCUGGAUGCGGAGAAGGGGACGGUGAUCAUGGUGGGGAUUCCCCCUGAAGCAGAGAGCUCAGACAAGAAGAAUUUUUUUGGACGAGCAUUUGAGAAAGCAGCGGAGAGCACCAGUUCUCGGACGCUCCACAACCAUUUUGACAUGUCCAUAAUUGAGUUAAGGACAGAGGACCGCAGCAAGUUCCUGGAUGCGCUUAUCUCUCUGUUGUCAUGAGUAACCCAUGGCUAUUUUCACCUGCCUCUUCUCAAGAUCUCUUACUGACUUUUGUAAAUGUGCAUUUUAGUCUCCCAUUUUAAAGUGUCUUUUAAAAAAAUAUAUAUGUACUGACUAAAUUAUUUAGCUGAAUGUAUUAAGCCCAGUGUAAUAACAUGUUUGUAUCUAAAACUGUAAAUAAAAAUUAAAUUUCUAUUGUAAAA